AUGGCUUCCUUUCUGCUUCGUAUUUUCAAGCGCACACCGAAGUCGGUUCUGGAACGUCUGGAGGAGCUUGAGAACGAGAUUUUGAACUUGGAAUCUAAACGCUGCUCCAAUAUUGACUCGGAAAAGCGUUUUGUCUUCCGUCUGUUGUUGUACUCAUUCAUCAUCUUUGGGGUCGGAUUCAUUGUUGUCUACGGGUACUUUUGGCCGUCCACACAGAUUGGAAAGCUGAUGCUGUGGACCUCUGUCUUGAUCUAUCCUGUGCUUGUUAGUCUUCUCAGAUGGGCGUUCCGGACGUUUUUCUUUCGACAGGUUGCAAAAACAGACGAACGACUGAAGCUUUUGCGGGAGGAAAAGCAAAGAAUGUUGGAGGAGGUAAUGGAAAAUGAGAAGUUCAACAAAGCACAGCAAAUUCUGAAACGCUUCGAUCCACUCAUGUUCGCCAGACUAUCGGCCAUGGAACACACACCCCAGCCACAGACACCAGCAACGGUUCGCAAGCCCAUGGACACGGGGACUUCGGUUGUCCGCAACCGGAACCAACGGGGACCAGAUGGUGAUAGCAUGUCCCAUGCUCCAAUGACGCCUCUGAGGAGAGCUGAUGUAAAAGCUGCAUCCUCCGUGGACCUGAAGGGCUCAGAGCAAGCAAGUGCACAAGUGCCUGCACAACAAACUGCGGAGAAGCAACCACGUCUGUUGCGCCCCAUACUGCCACGGGAGCGCUCUUUGUUCGAUCGGUUGGUUGAUGCGCUGGUCGGUGAUGGUCCAGAUAAGCGAUACGCCCUGAUAUGUCGUGAGUGUGCUUCUCAUAAUGGCAUGGCCUUACAGGAAGAGUUCGAAUACCUUGCCUUUCGAUGUUGCUAUUGUUCACACUUCAAUCCACCCCGUCGACCCCGACUGAAGCCCUCCAUCCCACCGAAUAUUGCCCCCACUCCGAAGUUGCGCUCCGCAUUCUCGUGCGAACAACUUUCCACAUCUACACCACGAAGUACUACCUCAACAGUAGAGCAGUUACCUGCACGGAAGCGCUCACCUUCUCUCUCCGAAUCAACGGUUACCCUCAACAGCGUUACAGAAGUCGAAGAGGUAUUCUCAGAUCAGACUGUCACGGAACCGCAUUCAGCCAGUUAACUGAAUUCAUCGAGUUCUUCAUGUAUAGCCUAUGUCGAUUUCACAGUUUCCUUCCGGAAUGGCAUCCGGCUUUGUCUUCAUAGAGCCCGGGCUCCAGCUACAAUUCGUGGUCCCACCUUGUGACUUGCCACCGCACUUUUUGGUCCUGUGAAGUUUGUCGAUCAAUGAGUAUUCUGUCCCCAUGGCCUUACUGCACAGUCGUGUCAGGCUACGGAACCUUCCAUAAAUGUCUGAUUGUAAGAAAUUUGUUUUUUCUUCAGGGUAAGCACCCUUGAGACUGGCGAGCAUCGUUCGCUUCUUCGCUGAAAUAAAGGUACUGUAUCUGCACGAAACAAAAGCGGUAGAAAGUUAGGCUCCACUACUUUACUAGUGUUCACAGAAGACUAAUAGAAUGGAGGAUUUGUAACAAAGAAACGACGGAUUAUCUGCGCACUGUGGUCUGUCGCCAUCAAUCGCCGUUUCUUUUUCUUCGCAGCAUUCGGUCGCUCUUUUACCGUUUUUU